CCCCGGGCCGCGUCCGAGUAGGCAGCAGGGUGCGCGGCGCCGAGCCGAGGGGGCGGGCUGAGGGGCGGCCCCCGGGAGAGAGCGGCCAGGUGGAGGAGGAGCGCGGAGGCGACCGCAGCCGCCUGCUCUUCUGCCAUCUGAGCACCCUGACUGUGCCACCCAUAGGCCAUGGAGAAUGAGCCACCAGCCCCGCACACCUCCGGCAGCGCCAGUGUCACCAGCAGCACCAGUGGCUCCAGUAGCAGCAAUGGCGGCAGCGGCAGCAGCAGCGGCAGCAGCGGAGGAAGCGGCCGUGCCACGGGGCCCCAGAUUUCUGUGUACAGUGGCAUCCCUGACCGGCAGACUGUGCAGGUGAUCCAGCAGGCACUGCACAGGCAGCCCAGCACGGCGGCUCAGUACCUGCAGCAGAUGUACGCCGCCCAGCAGCAGCACCUCAUGCUGCAGACCGCAGCCCUGCAGCAGCAGCACCUGAGCAGCGCCCAGCUCCAGAGCCUGGCGGCCGUGCAGCAGGCGAGCCUGGUGGCCAGCAGACAGGGGAGCGCUUCCGGCAGCAGUGUGUCCGCGCAGGCCCCGGCGCAGCCGUCCUCGAUCAACCUGGCAGCCUCCCCAGCCGCAGCCCAGCUCAUCAACCGGGCUCAGAGCGUGAACUCGGCGACAGCCUCAGGCAUCGCGCAGCAGGCUGUGCUGCUGGGCAACACAUCUGCUCCAGCCCUGACGGCCAGCCAAGCGCAGAUGUACCUGAGAGCACAGAUGGCCCAGCCAGGUAACCUGGUGCAGGUAGCUAGGAGCCUAGGCGGCACUGUUCCUUUGUCCCCUCAGCUCAUCUUCACGCCCACGGCCACCGUCGCUACUGUGCAGCCUGAGCUCGGCACUGGCGCCCCCGCCCGGCCCCCCACCCCCGCCCAGGUGCAGAACCUGACCCUCCGAACACAGCAGACUCCAGCUGCAGCCAGCUCGGGCCCUACCCCCACUCAGCCUGUGCUGCCCAACUUGGCCCUGAAACCCUCGCCUGGGGGCAGCCAGCCCGUGCCUACCCCUUCACAGGGCAGAAACACUGCCCAGGGGUCCCCUGCAGGUGCCAAGCCUGGUGUCAUGGACAGUGUGACAGAGCCGCUCAAGAAGGGAGAUGGCAGCAGCAGCACCAGCAGCAGCAGCAGCAGCAGCAGCAGUGUGCCCGGGAGCACCGAGGGCCGGGCUGGGCCGGGCCGGGCAGUGCCCGCUGUGGCCGCCCACCCCCUCAUUGCACCAGCUUAUGCCCAACUCCAGCCCCACCAGAUCCUCCCACAGUCAUCUUCCAAGCACCUCCAGCCCCAGUUUGUGACGCAGCAGCAGCAGCCGUCCCCGCCACAGCAGCCACAGCACAGCCAGCAAGCACGGCCUGUGCUCCAAGCCCAGGCCCAACCCCAGCUCGCCUCGGUCCCACCAAGCUUGGCCCUGCAGCCCAGCUCUGAAGCCCAUGCUGUGCCGCUAGGGCCCGUGACCCCUACCCUGCCCCUCCAGUGCCCCACUGCCAACCUGCACAAGGCCGGCAGCAGUCAGCAAUGCCACCCUCCCACAGCAGAUGCCGGGCCUCAGAAUGGACAUCCUGAGGGCGUGUCACACACUCCUCAGCGCAGGUUCCAGCACGCGUCAGCUGUCAUCCUGCAACUACAGCCCGCUUCACCAGUGCCCCAGCAGUGUGCCCCUGAUGCCUGGAAAGACGCGGCGCCUGGGGAGAAGAGUGGGCCUGAGUCGCGGCCUGGCCUCUCCCCGCAUCAGCAAGCCAUUGUCACUGCCGUGCCUGGCGGCCUGCCUGUACCCAAGAGCCCUAACGUCCAGCAGUCCCCAGUUCACGAGACAGGGCAGGGCAUUGUUCAUGCACUGACCGACCUCAGCAGCCCCGGCAUGACCUCAGGGAACGGAAACUCUGCCUCCAGCAUCGCCGGCACUGCCCCCCAGAAUGGUGAGAAUAAACCACCACAGGCCAUUGUGAAACCCCAAAUCCUGACGCAUGUUAUCGAAGGGUUUGUGAUCCAGGAGGGGGCGGAGCCUUUCCCGGUGGGACGCUCGUCCCUGCUGGUGGGGAAUCUCAAGAAGAAGUAUGCCCAGGGGUUCUUGCCUGAGAAGCUUCCCCAGCAGGAUCACACCACCACCACGGACUCGGAGAUGGAGGAGCCCUAUCUGCAAGAAUCCAAAGAGGAGGGUACUCCCCUCAAGCUCAAGUGUGAGCUCUGUGGCCGGGUGGACUUUGCCUACAAAUUCAAGCGUUCCAAGCGCUUCUGCUCCAUGGCUUGUGCAAAGAGGUACAACGUGGGGUGCACCAAACGCGUGGGGCUUUUCCACUCCGACCGAAGCAAGCUGCAGAAGGCUGGGACCACGGCCCACAGCCGCCGUCGAGCCAGCAAGGCCAGUCUGCCCACACUCACCAAGGACACCAAGAAGCAGCCAACAGGCACCGUACCCCUCUCCGUCACUGCCGCUUUGCAGCUAACACACAGCCAGGAGGACUCCAGCCGUUGCUCAGAUAACUCAAGCUAUGAGGAACCCUUGUCGCCCAUCUCAGCCAGCUCCUCCACCUCCCGCCGGCGACAAGGCCAGCGGGACCUGGAGCUCCCUGACAUGCACAUGCGGGACCUGGUGGGCAUGGGACACCACUUCCUUCCCAGCGAGCCCACCAAAUGGAACGUAGAAGAUGUCUACGAAUUCAUCCGCUCUCUGCCAGGCUGCCAGGAGAUAGCGGAGGAGUUCCGGGCCCAGGAGAUCGACGGGCAGGCGCUGCUGCUGCUCAAGGAGGACCACCUGAUGAGCGCCAUGAACAUCAAGCUGGGGCCCGCGCUCAAGAUCUACGCGCGCAUCAGCAUGCUCAAGGACUCGUAGGGCGCGGCCCACUCGGCCAGGGCUCCUCCUCCCGCCCGAGCCCAGCCCAGCCAGCCAGCCAGCCAGACAUUCCUGAGGGGCCCAGGAAGGGGGCCAGGUGGAGGAAGGGCUCUCCCUAGGGGCGUGGCUGGUGAGGGGGUCUGGGCACCCCCUCCGUGGCUCUCAGGGGCCUUCAUUUCUGUGGGAGGGGCAGAGAGGUAGGUGGCGCAGAAGACGGGGCUUACGCUUGUAAAUACUGAUGGCACUGGCUUCCUCCAAAGUCCCAGUACUCUAGCCCCGCCCUCUUCCCCUCUCCCUGUCCCCAUUUUCCAGGGGGCAUAUGGUCAGGGCUCCCAACCUGAGUUGGGUUACUUCCAAGGGCAGCCAGCAGGCCUGGACAGAGGCCUUGAAAGCCCUUGCCUUUCUUACCCCACUCCCUUCUCCAUUGCCAGCUUCUCCCCUUCAGCCUGCUGCCAAGGCGGCCGGGGGUUCUCCCUCACGCCCUCUGCAGGGGGACAGGGAGCAGCGGGCCCAGUUUGGCCACGCCUGCUGGCACAGACGCCUUAACGCUGUGUGUGUGACUGUGUGACUGUGGGAGCCUGGACUGAGAGAGAGGCCAGAGCCGCCCUCUGGCGCCUCCAGGUGUUUUGUAGCAAACAGCCGCUUAGUGCUUUGUCCUGGACUCCACCCAGCCUCAGGAUGGGGACAGAGGAGGAGGGCAGCCCUGCUGCGGAGCCCAGAGCAGGAGAUGGAGGCUAGACUCGCGCGGGGCCCCCGGAGCCCCUCCCCACACUGUGACGUCCCUGCACUGCCCUGCUGUCACAAACAGCAUUAAGGAGGCUGCCGGUGGCCUGGCCUCGUGCCCAGAGGCUGAGCCUCCCAGGCUGCCCGCUGCCCACCCGCGAGUGAGGGGAGGGCGAGCUGCAGCCACUGCUGACGGGAAGCAGGCGGCCUCUGCCCUCCCGCUCCCACACGUCUUCGCUUGGAAACUUCUAGCAGCAGUUUGAGCUACCUAAGGAGGAGGCGGGCGGGAAGGGCAUGUCCCAUCCCCACGGAAGGCUCCUGGGGGCAGAGGGGGCCUCUCCCAGCAGGGGUGGGCGCCCUCCUCAGCCUGUUCUCUUCCCACCCACACCCCCAGGCAGGGUUGGAAAUGAAGGACUUUUUUAACCUUUUGUUUUUGUUUUUUAAAAAUAAAUCUGUAAAAUCUC